UGAACGUUGAAUAAGUUUCUUAUCUUUAUAUUAAACUUAUAAACGUACUUUGAUACUUACAUGGUCAUACAGACUAGCAUAAGAUGGAAGCGAUGAAGCUAGCAUUUUAUCUUAUUUGGUUGAUACGUUCGAUUGUUAUAGGUGAAAAUUCAAAAAGACUUUUAUUAGAUGACCCAGAUGUGGCAACACGAUUCGAUCAAAUGGAAAUUACGAUUCAGAAACUUACUCAGCAGCUUUCUCAACUAGAACAUAACACAGGUGCUGGAUCUACAUAUGUCCGUUGGGGAAGGUCAAUAUGUUCUGGUGAUAGCACAGAGUUAGUGUACUCAGGUUACGCUGCAGGACAGCUUUAUUUACACACAUCAUUCACUAAUCGACAUGGCGGCCCUUCAAAUUUACUGUGCAUGCCAGGUGAUCCGGAACUAACAAAUAUAUCCGGGAAUGGUACCAGCUUAUUAUAUGGCGCAGAGUAUCAGGAAAAUAUACUUAAACCGGAUGCUCACGACGAAGAUGUUCCAUGUGCAGUCUGCAGAAACACAAAGACCCAAAACACAUUAAUGAUUCCUGGUAGAAAGUCUUGCUAUUCUGGUUGGCAAAAGGAAUAUCAAGGUCUAGUUGUUUCUGGUCAUCUUGCAUACAGUGCUUCAUCAUACUUAUGUUUGGAUAAAGACCCAGAAUAUGUUCCUGGGGGACAUGUGAAUAAUGAUGGUAGUUUACUCUAUGUAACUACAACUAAAUGUGGUUCUUUACCAUGCCCUCCCUACACUAAUGACAAAGCUAUCAAUUGUGUAGUUUGUUCUAAAUAAAAAUGUAUGUGUU